AUGUCGGGAAAUCCAGGAAGCUCGCUGAGCGCAUUGAGACCCACCCCCCCAGAAAGAGGCUCGUUCCCACUAGACCACGACGGCGAUUGCACGAAACACAUGCAGGAGUACCUUAAAUGCAUGCAGCUGGUGCAGAACGAGAACGCAAUGAACUGCCGCUUACUGGCCAAGAACUACCUGCGCUGCCGGAUGGACCACCAGCUGAUGGACUACGACGAGUGGUCACACUUGGGCCUACCGGAGGACACCCCCAGCACUGUCGAUCGUGCCACCAACAAGAACAACAAUGUCAACAACACCAAUAACACCAAUAACACCAAUAACAAGUAG